AUGGAUGUCUUCAAACCCGCUUUGGACAAUAGUUUGAGUCCCAAGGCGUGCGUUCCCUCGUCGGAAGAAGCGGAGGCAGAUGUUUUUCGCUGGCCGGAGAACGGUACCGGAGCCGCGCCGGAUGCGGAACCUGCCGCUCCGGGCUUCUGGACGGCCGUGUUCGACUAUGAGGCUACUGCGGACGACGAGCUCAGCCUGCGGAGGGGAGACCUGGUGGAGGUCCUGUCCAAGGACUCCCUGGUGUCGGGAGAUGAGGGUUGGUGGACCGGUAUGAUAGCGGACCGGGUUGGCAUUUUCCCGUCUAACUAUGUCAGCAGAGGCAACGGCAUUCCGGAGGAAAUCCGGGACACGUCGGAGCAGCAGUACUCGGUGCCUCCUCUGCACCUCCUGGAGAUCGAUUUCUCCGAGCUCACCCUGGAGGAAAUCAUCGGGGUGGGCGGCUUCGGGAAAGUCUACCGGGCGGUGUGGCGGGGCAGCGAGGUGGCGGUGAAGGCGGCGCGCCGAGACCCCGACGAGGACGCGGAGCAGACGUUGGAGAGCGUCCGGCAGGAGGCCAAGCUGUUCGCCAUGCUCAACCACCCCAACAUCAUGGCUCUGCUCGGGGUGUGUCUGCAGGAGCCCAACCUGUGCCUGGUCAUGGAGUACGCUCGAGGCGGCCCCCUGAACCGGGCCCUCGCUGGGAAACGCAUCCCGCCGUGCACGCUGGUGGACUGGGCCGUGCAGAUCGCCCGAGGCAUGCUCUACCUCCACAGCCAGGCCAUCGUCCCCAUCAUCCACCGGGACCUCAAGUCCAGCAACAUCCUCAUCCUGGAGAGGGUCGAGAUGGAGGACCUCAGCAACAAGACCCUGAAGAUCACCGACUUCGGCCUGGCUCGGGAGUGGCACCGUACCACCAAGAUGAGCGCCGCCGGCACCUACGCCUGGAUGGCUCCGGAAGUCAUCCGCUCGUCCACCUUCUCCAAAGGCAGCGACGUCUGGAGCUAUGGCGUGCUGCUGUGGGAGCUGCUGACUGGAGAAGUUCCAUUUCGGGGAAUCGAUGGUCUCGCUGUGGCUUACGGAGUGGCGAUGAACAAACUGGCUCUGCCCAUUCCCUCGACUUGUCCUGAGCCCUUUGCACGUCUUAUGGAGGACUGCUGGAGCUCAGACCCUCACUCUCGGCCGCAGUUCACAACUGUGUUGGAUCAGCUGACGGCCAUCGAGGAGUCAGGCUUUUUUGAGAUGCCAGCGGAGUCGUUUCACUCUCUGCAGGACGACUGGAAACUGGAGAUCCAGGAAAUGUUUGAUCAGCUGAGGACCAAGGAAAAGGAGCUGCGGUCGUGGGAGGAGGAGCUGACCCGAGCGGCGCUGCAGCAGAAGUGCCAGGAGGAGGCGCUGAGGAGGCGCGAGCAGGAGCUAGCCGAGCGGGAGAUCCACAUCCUGGAGAGGGAGCUCAACAUCAUCAUCCACCAGCUCUACCAGGAGAAGCCUCACGUGGAGAGCAGGCAGGGAAAGUUCCGCCGCAACCGCCUUAAACUCAAGGACGGCAACAGGAUCAGCCUGCCCUCAGAUUUUCAGCACAAAAUCACAGUGCAGGCGUCUCCCUCCCACGACCGGCGGAGGAGUUUGCUCAGCAGCAGUUCCAGUCCUCCAACUAGUCCACCGAUGCUGCCUCGCCUGAGAGCCAUCCAGCUCACUCCAGGGGAGGGCUGCGCAGCUUGGGGUCGCAGCGCCGGGUUACAGCUGGAUGACGAGGAGAGCGAGAGGAAGGGCUCCAGGAAGAAGGGCAGAUCCCGUGGAUGUGGCCCGCACAGGGAGCACAGCGCUGACGCCAGCGUGAAGCCUCCCCACGAGGGCAGCAGGCAGCGAUCCUGCAGCGCCCCGAACCUCCGCAGAUCCCCGAGACACAGUCCAGCGGUGCCUGGAGUGCCGAGCCUCGUGGAGAUGGAAAAUGAAGACUGCUGCUUCACUACUGAGCCAGGAGCAGCUCCUGGUCAGUCCUACCUCUGCAUUCCCUUCCACAAGGAGGCCCACACGGCUGCUGCUGCUGCUGACGGUGAAGGAGACGAGUACUGCCUCAGCGGCCAGGCUCCAGGAACUCCACCCUGCAGGAAGAGCCCGGUCGGGGGCCGGCGCUCCGAGCUGGUCCUGCUGGGCUGCGGAGCUCUACUGGCGGCCGUCGGACUCGGCUGCAACCUGCUGACUUUGGCCCAGCCGGAGGAGAGCAUCAAACCGCGGUGGGAGGGCUUCUUCCACAGGUCAGGAGGUCAGAGGAGGAGCACCAGCCCUCCGACUCGAAGACUGUUCCGGCGGGAAAGCCCCCUGAAACCCUCGGCGCCGUCGCUACCAGAGCGAGGUUUGCCGCCCUCGUAUACGCUGCUGUCCUUAUCGUCGGUGUCCGACUGCAACUCGACGCGCUCGCUGCUGCGCUCGGACAGCGAGGAGCUGCUGGUCUACCGUCCCGCCUCGCCGCCCGCCCAGCAUCCUCUUCCUCCCGCUGCCUCACAGCUUCAAGCCUUCCAAACCCCGGUCAACCCACUGGUCAACACUCACCUGGAGAGCUUCAAGCGUAACCCCCACCAGUCUCUCACGCCCACACACGUCCCCUCGGCCCCGAGCUCCUCCCGAAGCCUUCGUCGAACGCCAUCGGAUGGAGCCAUCAAGAAGAGCUGCCCUCCGAAUCAUCUGGAACCGCUGCCAGAGAAAACAGCGUUGGAGAACACGGCUGGCUUCAGAGGUUUAAAAGAAGACUGUUCUGAGGUUCCCCGUCUCCCCAACCCAAACAUAGUGUUCCCCCCAACGCCUCGUCGCCGCUGCGCUCCUGAACGCCCCAAAACUUUGGACUUCAUGUCUCGCCCUCGGCCUUCGCCAAGAGCUCGCUGCGACGUGUUCUGGGCAGAGAUGAGGCCCAGAGGGAACGGACAGAACCUGGGUAACGGCGAGUCCCCCGCCCACACCUCCAGCACAGAGACUCCUCCCACGGUGGAGUUCGGCAGAGACCCGGCAGUGCUGCCCACCCCCAUGGAGGCCCCCACGCCCUACUCCCCCCGCAGGGCCCAGAACCUGCUGGACCAGCAGGACGAGGGACAGUACCGGGACGGAACGGUACCGCUCUGCAGACCGGAGCUCAGCCUUCCCAAAGACUCGCCGUAUCGCUACAAACCGGGGUUCUGGUCCUAA